AUGCUCUCUCGUUCCGUACUGACAUACGGGCUGGCAAUUUUGUCGGCUUUGACACGAGUUGAGUCGACAACCGAGUCAGAGAUCAAGAACUUGUUCGUUGACGCUGAUCUUUUCGAGGCAAUUGACGACACCGCAGCAUUACUCCUUGCCUGCACACUGCCGAACACAAACCUCCUCGCCGUAAACGUAAACGUGAAUUCGACAUAUACAGCAUUUGCCGCAUCGGCAAUCGUAAACCACUACGGUUACCCCUCCGUCCCUAUUGGGCUGCCUCGACCCUUCACGAAUAAAACAUCCCCUGAGCCCUUUGGAAAUGAAUACGCGAGCAAAGUAGCUGCUCAAUUUUCCGGCGGCUCAGUGCCCUUCGGGCAGGUUAACAAGACCUGGGACCCCGUAGAGCUAUAUCGCAAGACGCUAGCAGAGGCAAAGAACAAUAGCGUGACCAUCGUGUCGCUCGGCUUCAUGGGUUCGCUGUCUGGCCUUCUCAAUACAACCGGUGAUGGGUAUUCUUCGCUGGAUGGAUACGAGCUCGUCAAAGCGAAAGUCAAGGAACUCGUUGUUAUGGGCGGCGGAUACUCACUGGAGCCAGCUCUCGAUGAAGAGUAUAAUUUCGCUAUCCAGAAUGCACCACAUGUUGUAAACACCUGGCCCGAUUGUGUCCCCAUGACCUUCCUUGGUGCGGAGGUGGGCGUUGAAGUUUCGUCGGGUGCACGUUUUACCGUGUGCGGACCCCCCGAUGAUCCAGUCAAAUCGGCCUGGGGAUGGUAUGGCUCCUACAACAAAGCGGAAUACUCUUGGGAUUUUUUGACCAUGGUUUAUGCAGGUAGAGGGCUAGGCCAUUGGUUCGAGUACGGCAACCACAACGGAUACAACUAUCUCUUGCCGAAUGGCACGAAUGUCUGGGUGGAGGACGAACACAGGACCAGCCAGCAUUUUCUGAAGCUCAAGAGUUCGAACGAGACAGUCGCUCAGGAAAUGGAUAAUUUGCUAUUGCGUGGCGCGUGGGUACACGCUAAAGUGGACUGA